AUGCUGUUUAUGACCUUCUUUGAGCCUACUUAUAGUGAUAAAGGGCAGUGGAGUGGUCCUGCCACGUGUCAGGCUCUCUACUUGCGGCCAGUACCUCUGUUCACAAAAAACGGACAGCAAGCUGCCACGACGUUACAGCAUGCUGAAAAUAUUUCCGAGGCGCGAUUUUGGCGAGUUCUAGCCAAUUUCGGGAAAGGUUUUGAGGACAAUGAUGUGGACGUGAUUAAGAGAAGUCCAUACAAGGUACAGAUGUUUAUUCUGGAGAUCCAUCAGCAUAGGAGUUCCUCUCAGCUGUGUCGGAAGUGCUUCACUGUUCUGGAGCCUAAAUUUUGAUGCUGGUCACUUAAUGUAUAUAUUUGUACAUUCAGGGGUACGGCGGGGGCCUUGUUCCGCCAUAUGUUGUUGUUACUAUUCUUAGAGGUCUGUAGACAUAUGUAUAUGUGGGUUGUUUGUGAGUUAGUUUUGA